AUUUAUUGAACCCCUGUUCACUACUCUUUUUACCCGGUGUGUCCCUCUCGACAUCGUCACGCGCAUCUGGGACGUGUACGUUUUUGAAGGCGACAAGUUUCUCGUUCGAACUGCCGUGGCGCUGCUGGCCAAGCUCGAAAGCAAACUGUAUGGAAAUCGCGGCGAAGUGCUCAAGGAGAUUGGCUGGUCCAGCACCACAACGUGGGAUCUUGGCCGCGAAGACGAUUUUAUGAUGAGCGUCCGGAGCGCUGGAAAAGAAGAAGUCAAGCGUGCUUCGUCAUGAUAACGUUUAUACCCUCUUUUCAUAUAUAUGAAAUUCUCAUUCUAGUAAAUGCAUUCCGAAGCGCUCUCUCGACUUCUUCUUCUUCUGCUUUCUCUCUUUUUCUUUUGGUCUCUUUUCUCCUCUUCUUUUCUCUUCUCUACUUUUUUUUUCUCCACUUUUCUUCUCUCUUCUUUUUUUCCCCACGUCUUCUUUGGUCCAGGGCUUGUGACUCAAAGCAAAGCAUUCCUUUUAUUUUAUUUUCGAUCCAUUUCACCACCCAAAUUUUUCAUAUAUAGGGCACACUUUCUUUUCAAUUCUUCUUACAUUCGGUGGGCAGUGCGCCACUUGUACUUAAUUCUAGCAUCUGGAUGCCACAUUGUCGGCAUAUCUAGAACCAAGAUUGUCAAUAUAGGACCUUUUCAUUUUACUUUUACCUCUUUUUUUUUCUUUCAAAUUAGGGUUAUGCCACUUUCCAUGUAUCAGAGUGCUACUCUUUAAGCUCUUGUAUUUAUCUACGCUCCCUCUUUUUUUAUUUCU